AUUUGGUCAAAAGUUAUUUGGCUUACGAAAUUUUGCUAGAGGUUUUUUAACUCGAGAGUCGUCACCUGUCAAAGCUCAUGCUUUGAUACCGUUUGUAGUUGAACAAACGUCAAGGGGUGAACGUUCAUAUGACAUAUUUUCUAGGCUUUUAAAAGAGAGGAUCGUAUGCCUGAAUGGUCAUGUAGACGAUAGUGUAGCAGCUGUAGUUGUAGCUCAAUUGCUAUUUCUUGAAGCUGAGAAUCCAGAAAAACCGAUUAGCUUAUAUAUUAAUAGUCCCGGCGGUACUGUAACCGCCGGUAUGGCUAUUUAUGAUACUAUGCAGUACAUUCAAUCACCGGUAUCAACACUUUGUAAUGGCCAAGCAUGUUCAAUGGGAUCAUUACUUUUGGCUGCGGGUGAACCAGGAAAACGUUAUACACUUCCUAAUUCUACUAUAAUGAUACAUCAGCCAAUGGGCGGUGCCACAGAAAUCGCUGUUGAAAGAGAUUACUACAUGACUGCUGAAGAAGCUCUAGAUUUUGGUUUGGUUGAUAGGGUUUUGGAAAAAAGGGAAGUUACCCCACCCGAACAAUUAAAAUAA